GAUUUCUGCGAAAAAGUAGAACCACGUCAACGUCGACAGCAAAUAUCAUGGCCGAAGAGGAGAGUAUUCGGCUGUACAAAAUCGUGCUGGCUGGUGAUCUCGGUGUAGGCAAGACCUCCAUAUUUCAAAGGUACGACAUCAACAAGUUUUUUGAGAACAAGGAAUCGACGUUUGGCCUGGACAAGUUGACCAAAGAUGUUAAAGUGGACGGAAAGCGAUGCAAGGUUAAUGUGUGGGAUACAGCAGGAAUGGAACGAACAAGGUCCCUAACAUCAAACUACUACCGUGGUUCUCAAGCUGUUAUCCUUGUGUAUGCUAUUGAUGACAUGUACUCUCUGACUGUGUUACGCAACUGGAUAGUUGACAUAACAAAGGAUGCCCAAAACGCCUUGAAAUUUCUUGUUGGCAAUAAAAUAGAUCUUGCAGAUGAAGUAUCACAAGUCGAUGAUCAACUAGCAGAGUCAUUUUGCAAGAACAAUGGAAUACAAAAAUUGUAUAGAGUUUCGGCCAAGACUGGUGCUGGAGUCAAAGAGAUGUUUGAUGACGUUGUAAAGAUGUUGAUAUCCAAUAAGGAGUCCACUGUAAUACGGGAUAAAAGUGCCUUUUCAGUCUAUGCGGAUGACAGCAAGACAUCAACCUCAAACAAUGGCUGCCCAUGUUGACAGAUUUAUAAACCAUUCCAAAGUUAUAUUAUAUUAUAAAAAUUAACUUUUAAGGCAGGAUUAUGACACUAGCAUGCAAAUCAGAUAGCAUAGAUUUCUAAACAUAACUAGUGCAUUGCUGUUAGUAAGUAGCCUCAAUAAGUCUCCAGUGAGGGAGCACCAUAGCUGAAGUCAUAAAAGUGAUUUAAGGUCAAGAAGCAUUCAUCCUAUUCUCGCAGCUUCCAAGGUUUUAUCCUAACCAACAAAGAUUGUACUCUUCCUGGUCCAAACCGUAUCUGCCUUUUGGGGGGCAGAUGUUGACAUCUCCCGUGAUUUAUUACAGUACAGAUGCAUGGCAACCUGGAAUCUACUUGACGUCAUCUAUGCAUGUAUGCAUCUGUCCUCUAUCAAAUCAUAUGUAAGAGCUAUUCAAAAUGCAAGAAUUAUGCAAGAAUUAUAAAACUUAUAUUGAUGGCUCCUAGCCUUAGAGAGGGACAGUUUAUUUUUCUUCUGAAUUAAGACAUGUUGGUGUGUAUUAUGUAGCAUGGAUUAAUUCUGGUUUGGUUUAUUGAUGUGGAUUAUUAUUUUCACUUGCAUAUUCUAUUAAGCUUCUCUUGAACCCCAAGAGAAUUGCAAAUCGGUUAGAGAAAUCAAAAGUUCAAAGAUGUCAGGAAUAAAAUUACUAACAGUAAAACAAAUCCAAGCAAGUCUAAUAUAUAAUAAUAAUUGGUCUUUCUGGUUUUUUACUAGGAAAAUGUUCUUGCAGACAUUCUUAAAAAAUUCAGUUUUUGUACAAAAUUAUGUAGACUGGGGCAUGUCCGUCUUUAGUCAGCAAAGCAGCAAAAAAGAGGCAAGUACCAUCCAGAAGGGGACUGCUAGCAUUCUAUUGAUUAUUAAUAUUGAAGGUUUUCAUGCAAAAAGGGUGUACAUCGCUUUUUGGGCCAAUUUUUAUUUUUUGCAGGAUAGAGCUAAUUUUUGGCAG